UGUGCCUAAUAUUUUGGCUUGGACGAAGCUCUCUGGCUAACCAUUUCCGCCGCAGCCACCAUGGCGGCUUUCCGAUGCGCCGACUUCACAUCUCCUUCGACUUUCCUUCCGUCGUACUCCGGAAAUAGAAUCUCCUUGAAAGUUGUCCGGUGUUCUUCCUCGGUUUCGAUUCCGCUCUCGUUAAAGUUAUCAAAAAGGAAAAAUUACCUGCGGCCCAAAAUCCUCAGAACCCUAAAUCCGAAGCCAAAGGAAACCGUCUUAACCGGAAUCGAGUCGCCGGAAAAUGUUCCUCCAAGCGACGUAUUAUCCAACCAGGAAGAUGCUCUAGAGGAGCUUCAGGUCGUCUCAAGUAGCUCGGUUGUGCCGAACGAGAUGAGUGGCAUAUUGAGUAAGCUCUCUCCGAAGUCAAUAGCCAAGUAUGGAUUGUUUUUGAUCGGAAUAUUCGCUUUUCAAACUGUGUGCGCUGUUUUGUUUCUCGGAAACUCAACAAAAUCCGGCAAAACGCCGAAAAAUUCGAGUGAAAAUGUGGAUAGCGGGGAUUCGAGUAGGAGUGUUUCACUGAAUCUAAACGGGCAAAAUGAGGGAAGAACGAGCAAUGCGGUUUCUCUAGAAGAUCUUGAGAUGAACGAGAAGAUUGCAGAGAUCAGAGCCAUGGCACGGGAAGCACGUAGGAGCGAGGAAAAGAGUGGUAAGAGAGAAGAAGAUGAAACCUUGAAUCCUGGUGGAGGGGUUGACAUUGAGAAAGAGAUAGAAGCAAGAUUGUCUAACAUGGAGAAACGAUUGAACUCGCAGAGGAAAGGGUUAGCCGGAUUGCGAGUAGAACCGUUGGAUGAAUCUAGAAAUGAUGAGAAAAGUUUGAUGUUUGAGAAGAAGUACAAGUUCAAACCAGAGAAACCGGCGAAGGGUAAAGUGAAAGGGUUUGGUGGAAGUAAAGGAAACAAUGAGACUGGGGAAAAUGGGAGUGUUAGUGAAUUUAGAGAUGGCGAGAAGAAUACUGAAGAAGAAGAGCAAGAAGAAGCAGGGCCUUCAGAUUCCAAGAAGAUUUCUGGUGAUGCUCAGGAAUCUGAGCAAAGGCGACCAUCAAACGAAGUUAACAAUUCAAGAGAAUCUGGAAAUCAAGUUGGGCGGAAACCAAACAUGGAAGCUGGUUCUGGAUUUGGUAGGACUUUAUUCUCAGGGAAACAUGGAGAUGUCAGGAAAGGAAACUCGUUGAGAAGAGUCAAGGAGAAACAGAAUAUGAUGUGGUGGCUGAAGCUUCCCUAUGUGCUGAGAAUUCUUAUGCGGAGUAAUAUCGACCAAGAAAUAUCUGAGGGAUACUUUACUAUUAGGACCGAGUCUAUGGAACAAAAGGAGGGCCAGGUUUCACACAUGAUUGCAUUUGAGGAUCAAAGUGAUGCUAUAAACUUUUCUUAUCUGCUCGAAUCAGUUUUUGAAGACUUGGAUGAUUUCAGCGCCAAUGUAGCUCCCAUAUCAACCAAGGAUCUUCAUAACGAAGUGAGUUCUGGUGACAAGAAUGUGAUUGUGGUGAAGAAGAGGCAGCUUACGCUUUAUGCUGGACAACCAUUUGAAGAUGUUGAAAGAGCCCUUCAUGCUCUGAUCCAAGAACAACGAUAAAAUAGUAACAAGUUGCUUCCAUAUAUUUGGACUCGUUUUAAAGAUUAUUAUGACAAUAAUGUCUCACCUAAUUCUGAAAAUUGGGAAAUUUGAAAUGCAAGAGAGACAAUACUUGUUAGUAUCCUUAGUUAAUACAUACACAUCACAAACUAGUCCUCAGCGAAAUCUUUGACCACAACCUCCACUAUCAGAAGAAGCAAACAUUAAUUUCAGAAUAUAAAACCACUGGGCAAGAAACUCCUUCCUUCUUAAUUUAGAUGCAUUAAAUGUUUAGGAUUUAAUUUAAGGACACUUUUGGGAAAUUGUAUCAAGGAAAUUAAAUCCCGAAAAUUGCAACUGUUAAAUGUUAACAUGAAACAACUCGACCAUUUUGAUUUGGUUGUUUCGUCACAAAACGGUAAACCACAACGCCGAUUCUGGAACCUUGUGGAGGAACAUCAGAAUGUAUAACGUCAACAUCAAAAAGCUUUCGAGCUUUCUUGAAGAAGACAGAUUCUUUCUUCCACCUCCUUAGAUGAGCCAUUAGAAAAAUGAACCUCUUCCCCUCUGACUGCAUCGUCGUCAUCAAUAAACGCAGCGUUUUGAGCAGAGGCUCGUAGAGAUGGUCGUGGUACACAACGUCAGACGCUAAGAUCAGGUCAACGUUCCUGCCCAGAAGCUCCACGUCAUCAGCCUCUCCCCAUCGUAAUGAUGCCACGUGGACUUGGCCGCCGAACCUCGCCACAACUUGAGCGUUCGCGUCGGCGUUGAAGCUGAGGUUGUCGAGGACGUGUGGGAGAUCCGUCACCGUGACGUUAGCAGAGAGAGUGGCCGCCGCAGCGAUCCCGACGACGCCGGUUCCGGAUCCGAGCUCGAGUAUGUUUAUCGACGGAGAGGAUGAUGAAUCAGGACCGUCGGAUUUUAGCGACGAGAGUGUUGCGGCGAGGGGGCUGUUGCUAGGGUCACUGCGGUAAUUAUCCAGCAGCGUGACGAAAGUAGAAGCGGCUGGCCAAAGCUGGAAGGAGAGACCCUGUGACGUCAUUUGACGGAUCACGACCGUUGACUCAAUCGAGCUGAUGUUGUACUGCUGUAGCUCCGGUGCACCGUCACACAGAGGAGAGAAACUCUCACCUUCGAUCCCAUUAUCGCCUAUGAGGAGCAUUUUGGCUUCGUCCUCGCCGCUUUCCUCAUCGUCGUCUCGGAGAGUAGGAGUUAUCAUCAAAAGUUAGUUCUCUUUUUUUGGCGGCGCCAAUGUUGUCGCUCGCUUGUAGUUAUCACUUUCCAUAU